CUGAGAAAUUCUGAAUUCUAGUCGCGAAAAGUGUAAAACCGGCACAAAAUGCCCCGUUCAUACUCGAGAUCUCCGUCACGAUCGCGCCGAUCCGAUCGCAGCAGUAAAAAUACUAAGAAACGGCGUUCGCGGUCUCGAGAGUAUGAUAAAAAGUACCAGCACAAAGAUAACGACCGAAGACGGCGGUCGGAUCGUUCAAAGUCGCGCUCGGUAGCAUCUUCCUCCUCGUACCGGCAUGAGAAGAAAUCGUCGUAUCGCGGCAGAUCCAAGGAGCGGCACUACAAGACCUCUAGCAGAAGGAAAUCUUCCUCCCGCGACCGCUAUCGGAGACGCAAGUCUCGUGAAAGAGAUCGCUACCGUCGAUCGUCCAGCAGCUCUCGUUCGGAUUCAUCCAGCAGCUCAAGCAGCAGUUCUUCCAGUAGCGCCAGCGGUUCGAGCUCCCGAUCGUCUCAUCAGUCGAGACAUUCAACGAAACAGACUCCCUCGAUCAACCGAAAGACGCCGCCGAAGGAAUACGUGUUUAAAUCAUUGGCGGAGACAGAUACUGUUGCGGAGGCUUUAGAGAAAACCACGAAACUAGAACAACUUGAUGCCGACGAGUUCGUUCCUCAAGCGUUCGUCUCUAGCCGCAAGCCGGCAGUCACCCCGGCCAGCAGCAUAGUCAUUGAUCUAGCUUCUCAGAUUAUCAAAAUACCGGAGGCAGAGAAACCGGUGCUAGAGGAAGAUCCACUCUUUCAUCCGAUGUUCUUUCAGGGCGAGGACGAUGAGCGGAUGGCGCGAUGGGUUAAGAAACUGCAUUCGUUACAACAAAGCUUACUUUAAAACGAAUGAACCGGAUCUCUUAGCUGUACUACUACUCCGUAAUAAACCUAGUUUUAUUGAAUGAAAA